AGCAUCUGUUUAUUUUUGUGUAACUAUUUGGUUUAUUUGAGGAAAAAUGGAGUGUCGAGUCAUUUUUUUGGAGUGUCCCUAGUAAUACCCAAAAAGAAAAAAGGCUUUUUCAUCUUGUUGCUGUGACGCCUUUACAAAUUUGAUUUCACCCGAAACCAAUCGUCUCUCUAUUUCGGCUCGUUCAUGCUGGAGUAAAGGGCUGGGAUGAUUACGUUCGGUUCCCUCAGGCCAGCCUAGCAUGACAAUAUCGGCAUACAUUUGUUUGUCUUGCCAUGGCAUUCUUGCUCCUUCAGCAAUUACUUUUUGGUAAUUUGCCAAAACCGCUUGUCCUAACGCGAAUAUUAUUAGAAAUAGUACCUAUACGUCGAAAAAUCCAUCGCCAUCAACACUUCUUGUUUUUCCAAACUACAUACUAUACUUGUUUGAAAUCAAUUUCCUCAGGUUCUGUUCUUCACAUGCUGAAGUGUUGCUGGGGACAUCGCAGUAUGCGUUUCAUAGGCGGCGAAGGAACGCGUGUGGUGACAGAUGAAAAGAGGAGGUGGUUGUUGUCGGUAGAUGAAUUGUGAGACGCAGCUGCAAUGAUAUCAGUAAUCAUAUAUUUACAACACAAUAAAAACAGUGAGACAAAAUUUGAGCUUACUAAAUUGUUUGUUGUAUUGGAGCAUCUCAUUUUUGUAAUGAAGGCCAAACGUUCUUCCAUUUACAUCAACUGCACCUGCUUGCAACAACUUACAAAAGUGUAGUCCACCAUCUAUGUUUUGUUCGUCAGAAAGCAUUGUACAUUGAAAGAAAGUUAUUAGAAGCAAUUGCCCAAUAUAGAUGGUUUGGAUAAGGUGGUUGAAAGAGAAAGAGUAGCAUUGACGGUUAAUGUGAAACGAGUGGUCUAGAGCAAAAGCAAGAAUGGAGCAGUCUUUACGAUGGCUGUCUGAAGGCAAAUAUGC